AUGUUCAAGAAGAAGCCUCAGAUAAAGAACCUCUCCCCACUGAGAUCCUCCGAUCGUAGGAAACUUGCCGAUCAAAUCGUUGCAGAGUACCGGGUGCAUGUUCCAACGCUACAGGAAAUUGACACAACAGCGUCGACGGCCGAGAUCCAAGCCUCUGCUUCCUCUAGCACUCCCUCGCCUGCACUCACGCUGAUACGGUCAAGCCUCGUUCCCGAGAUAUGUCUGUCAGCUCGAUUCACCACACAUGCUGGCGCAAGUGCUACCCUUGUUUCAGGAACGGUUUAUGUUGGCGCUCAUCCAGGCCAUGAAGAGAGAAUAUUAUGGAUCCAAUAUGGCAAGGACUCAAAACUUUACCCGACAGUCUACACGCUAUGGCAUAAUCCUGGAUUGGUGCCUUUACUCCAUACCCAGGAUUUUGUGGUUGACAAGCUGCGGACUGGCGCAGAUCUUAUGACCCCGGGUCUUGUUGGCGGUCCACCGUGGCCUGAAGCCGCAAAACAAGGAGUGGUUGUGGCUGUCGCUGGGAUCGAGAAGGAUACUGUCCCUAUCUGGGUAGGCACCUGUAAAAUUGACAUCUCUAGUCUGGGCAGGGUUCAAGGCGCAAAGGGUGCUGCCGUGGAAGGUGUGCACUGGGAGGGUGACGAGAUCUGGAGUUGGAGCCAGACUGGAGUCGGAGGCAGACCUUCACCCGACAGCAUUGAAGGUUGGGAUAACAGAGCCGAAGAACUUGGGGAAGCGCUACAGAAUCUGGACCUCGACGAUGAUGACGAAGACGAAACACAAGAUCAAGGUGGUGUUGCAAUAGCACCUUCGCAAAGCCAGACAGACAGCCUUAGGGCAGAUGGAUCAGCGACACAGGGAAAUGCCUCGGAUCCUGAACCCGAAAAAGAUCCCACCACAAAGGAAGUGGACGAUGCUUUUCUGGCUGCCUUUCUAUAUGCUCUGUACAACGCCAAGAAAAAUGGGGAGCCACCGCAUUAUGGCAUCGACUUUCCCAUUCAGCCAUCAUUUCUGAUCGCAAAUAUGAUCCAGCCACAUCUACGGUUCCAAAAUCAACAUUACAACAUCAAAAAGACAUCAUGGAAAAACACGAAGAAAUUUAUCAAGCAUUUGGACAAAGCCCGAUUGGUUAAGUCGAAGGAUAGGAACGGUGGCGAAACUGUAAUCUUGGACGUCGAUUUUCAUGACGAAAAGAUCAAGACAUUCACACCAUACAAACUACCCAAAACAAAAGUCCAAGAAGGCACGCAUGGCAGCGGCGAGUCCCAGGCUGCUGCCAAUGGCGGCGAUCCGUCUUUAGGACAAAAGCUUGCGAUUCAGACUAUCUACCGGGCUUCUAGCAAGCUUGUCCCCGAUCUUCUUCCCUCCAAAACCGCCUUCUACACAGCAUCACAGAUCUCCUCUUUUCUAAAAAAAUACAUUGAGAGCAACUCCAAUCUGACGACUGGUGCAUCGUCACCGCGUUUCAUAAAACUCGAUCCUUUCAUCUCCAAUAAUAUCCUCUCGUCUAACCCUUCCAGUGUCGACACCCGUGUCCUUGCGUUAGGCGAGAUUGGCAAAGACGUUCUCUUGAAACGAAUACUCGAAGACGACCAUCUCGCCAUACCUCAUUGGCUGUUGCUGAGAAAUGCCCAGACCUAUGACCCAGAACACCCCGACCCUGGCCUCAAACCGAAAUCUGGCCCAUCGCCUCACGUGAAUCUAACGAUCGAGAAACGCACAGGGACAAAACUUGUUACGAAGAUCUCCGGUCUGGAGCUGUUUGGCAUAAACCCCCACAUUCUGGGCCCUGAGUUGCAGAAGAAAUGUGCCGGAAGUGCUAGUGUAGGACAGCAUGUGGGUGGGAAACCUGGGAUGAUGGAGAUUUUGGUACAAGGCGAUCAGAGGGAUGUGGUAGAGAAGGAAAUGGCGAGAAGGGGUGUUGAUAGGAGGUGGAUCGUAGUGGACGAUAAGACGAAGAAGAAAAAGAAGUGA